ACGCUCCCGCUUCUCGUCCUUACUCUUCGGCACGCUGAGCAGCCGAUUGAUCAGGGAGGCGCUGCAUUCCUGACAGAAAGAGCUCUUUGGAUAUAAAAUAACCACCCAGAGCAGCCUCUUUGAACCAUGACAGCGGAGACCACACGAGGGUUAAGGUUGUGUCUGCAUCACAUGGCUCUGCUCCGAAGAUACCCACAUCCCGGCGGAUUGCUCCAAAAAAGUAGAUCCUUCAGUUCACUAAGGGAAGGGAAGCGCAGGGGCCUGUUAUGGAAGACGCUUGUUGGCGUCUCUGUCGCCGUCCCUGUGGCGGUGGGUGUCAAGUACGCUGUGUCCGAACCCAGAGACAAGAGGAGGAUGAGGAUUGUGAUUGAAGGAUUCGGUCGCUUUUGCAGAUGUCUCUCUGUGGGAAUCUUCAUCUCGGUGGAUUACUGGUGGACCACUAAUGUGGCUCUUCGUGGCCGAGAUGAGAGCAGCCCAUCCUACGUGGCCGAGUUGUCAGCCUGCCACCAACGGGCGGCUGAGUGCAUGGUGGAGGGAGCGCUGAGCAACGGAGGAAUAUACAUCAAACUGGGCCAAGGUCUGUGUUCGUUCAACCACCUGCUGCCCCCCGAGUACAUCCGCACCCUGCAGGUACUGGAAGACAAGGCCCUGAACAGGAGGUACAAAGAGGUGGAUGCUCUGUUCCAGGAAGACUUCAAGAAAACCCCGAGGCAGCUUUUUAAAGAGUUCGACUAUGAUCCCAUCGCCGCUGCCAGCUUGGCCCAGGUCCAUAAGGCGGAGCUGUUUGACGGGACACCUGUCGCUGUGAAGGUGCAGUACAUUGACCUCAGGGAUCGAUUUGACGGUGAUAUCAGAACAUUGGAGAUCCUGCUGGACGUUGUUAAAUUCAUGCACCCCAGCUUUGGAUUCCGAUGGGUUCUUAAGGACUUGAAGGGUACACUGGGUCAAGAGCUGGAUUUCGAGAACGAGGCCAAGAAUUCCGAGCGGUGUGCCGAGGAGCUGAAACACUUUAGCUUCCUUGUUGUACCCAAAGUCUAUUGGGAGCAAACCAGUAAGAGAGUGUUGACGGCAGAGUUCUGCAACGGGUGCAAAAUCAACAAUGUGGAAGAAAUAAAAAGACAAGGACUAAGUAUGAAAGAUACUGCAGAUAAGCUGAUCCGAACAUUUGCUGAGCAAAUAUUCUACACCGGUUUCAUCCACGCUGACCCCCAUCCUGGGAACGUUCUAGUGAGACGAGGUCCUGACAACAAGGCCGAGUUGGUGCUCUUGGACCACGGCUUGUACGAAUACCUCAGCCAGCGUGACAGAGUGGCCCUUUGUAAACUGUGGAGGUCCAUAGUCCUGAGAGAUGAGGUAGCCAUGGAGAAGUACUCCAAAGCACUCGGGGUCAAAGAGUACCUGCUCUUCUGCGAGAUGCUGCUGCAGCGGCCCAUCAACAUGCGCGAGCUCGGUCUGUCCAACAUCCUGAGCCGGGAGGAGACCGCCUACAUGCGCGAGAUGGCCAGCGACCGCUUCGACAGCAUCAUGCAGGUGCUGAAGUCGAUGCCGCGGCCCAUGCUGCUCGUGUUCCGGAACAUCAACACGGUCCGGAGCAUCAACAUCACCCUGGGAGCGCCGGUGGACCGCUACUGCGUCAUGGCCAAGAGUGCGGUGCGAUGCUGGGGGAAGAUUCAGGCAGCGAGGACGGGGAUUCUGCCCCGGCUCUGGGUCUUCCGCUGGGUGAGGACGACAUGGGAGGGCCUCAAGUUUGAACUAGCUUUAAGAUGGGAGAUGGCAGCGAUGAGUCUGACGCGUUCCUUCCUGAGCCUGCUGUCGUUCUUCGGUCUCGUAUCUCUGGACGCAGAAACGUACGAGUACCUGAGGUAGAGGACAGAGCUCUACCUGCAAAGACACAGAGAGCAAGGACCUAUUCCAAGCAAAAGUUGAUGCAAUCCAGCAAGGAUCCCUUUUCACCACUGUAACAGCUCUAGAAGCUACUAGUAAUGGUGCUGCUCGAGUGUGCACUCGGAUUCCACACCAAAUCAGCCUGGACUCUGGUGUCAGACGUGACUUCUUCUUUUUCUUCUUCUUUAGAACGGGUGAGAAUGUUUUGAGCUGCAGGACUGAAAAGCAACAAACUCACUCCAGAGGCCAUAGUUUUUGAAUUUUACAGCCUAUUGUAAGGCUUUUUAAUUACAUUAUCAUAUAUGUUUUGGGUGUUUACCUCUUUCAAAUUGUUUUUAAUGAAAUCAUAGUACAGCAAAUAGUUUUUAAAUUAAAAUUUCAAACAUUUUAAGUCUAAUUUAUUCUCUGAGUAAACCGGACCUUAUGCAAUAAAAACAAGCCACAAAGGACAACGUUACUAUUACAGAACGGUUACGGUUUGCACUGAAAUGUUUCAUUGCUUCAAGUGUGAGAAACUGCAGCUUUGAUGACAGGAAUAUAUUAAUCAGUCUGAGACAAUAAUAGAUAUCUGUGUUGGAUUAAUACCUUGUGUUACUUGGAUGAAAGCUACGCUGCUGAAGUUUUGGCCCAGUUUCUUUUGAGUUCAACAUCGAGUCCACUCAGGCUGAAAGAACGGUCCAGUGCCACCUAACCAAAUGUUUUCUAACGUAUUUUAACAAUGUUAAUAAAAUGUUCUACCUCCUUCUUUAAGGCAUCAUUGUCUUUUAUCACUUACAGCUCAUCAAUAAAACACACGCACACGAGCCUUGGGUAGAUUUCUUCUUUUUCUUUUUUAAUACAAAAUAUCCUAAGAAAACAUGGCUGCCCUCUUUUUUUUUUUUUUUUUUUUUUUUUUUUUUUU